CGCCCCUCUUGCCGCCGCCGCUGCUGCAGCUGCACUGACGGCGGUUGCCCGCGCCUCAGAGUUACUGAUUUAUUCUUGAGACUCCUCUGUUCUCAUCUGUCCUCAUGGAUGAACUUCAGGAUGUUCAACUCACAGAGAUCAAACCACUUCUAAAUGAUAAGAAUGGUACACGAAACUUCCAGGACUUUGACUGUCAGGAACACGACAUAGAAACAACUCAUGGUGUGGUCCACGUCACUAUAAGAGGCUUACCCAAAGGAAACAGACCAGUUAUACUAACAUAUCAUGACAUUGGCCUCAACCAUAAAUCCUGUUUCAAUGCAUUCUUUAACUUUGAGGAUAUGCAAGAGAUCACCCAACACUUUGCUGUCUGUCAUGUGGAUGCUCCAGGCCAGCAGGAAGGUGCACCCUCUUUCCCCACAGGGUAUCAGUACCCCACAAUGGAUGAGCUGGCUGAAAUGCUGCCUCCUGUUCUUACUCACUUAAGCCUGAAAAGCAUCAUUGGAAUUGGAGUUGGAGCUGGAGCUUACAUCCUCAGCAGAUUUGCACUCAAUCAUCCAGAAUUUGUGGAAGGCCUGGUGCUCAUUAAUAUCGACCCUUGCGCUAAAGGCUGGAUUGACUGGGCAGCUUCCAAACUCUCUGGCCUGACAACCAAUGUUGUGGACAUUAUUUUGGCUCAUCACUUUGGGCAGGAAGAGUUACAGGCCAACCUGGACCUGAUCCAAACCUACAGAAUGCAUAUUGCCCAAGACAUCAACCAAGACAACCUGCAGCUCUUCUUGAAUUCCUAUAAUGGACGCAGAGACUUGGAGAUCGAAAGACCCAUACUGGGCCAAAAUGAUAACAAAUUAAAAACAUUAAAGUGUUCUACUUUACUGGUGGUAGGGGACAGUUCGCCUGCAGUUGAGGCUGUGGUCGAAUGUAAUUCCCGCCUGAACCCUAUAAAUACAACUUUGCUAAAGAUGGCAGACUGUGGGGGACUGCCCCAGGUAGUUCAGCCUGGGAAGCUCACCGAAGCCUUCAAGUACUUUUUGCAGGGAAUGGGCUACAUACCGUCUGCCAGCAUGACCCGGCUUGCCCGAUCACGAACCCACUCAACCUCAAGUAGCAUUGGCUCUGGAGAAAGUCCCUUCAGCCGGUCUGUCACCAGCAAUCAGUCAGAUGGAACUCAAGAAUCCUGUGAGUCCCCUGAUGUCCUGGACAGACACCAGACCAUGGAGGUGUCCUGCUAAACAGAUGCUCCUCCCCUGGAUCAUUGCAAGUCCAUCCUUCUUCAAAUGACCACUCCAUAAUAUAACAUUUCAUCCAGUAAACUGGCCUCUACUAUCUUUAACUCAUGCAUGGCCACUGAACCUCUCUCUAGUAGUCUGGAUUUAUCAUUCUCUCUGCCUGCCCACCCCUUUUUUGUAUAUCCCAAGAACCACUUCCAUGCCAUACUGUAACAUUCCAACAUCUUUAGCUGAUCAGAUCUCUCCAUAUCCUCUCUUGCCAGCUUUUUUCCGUGCUCCCUCAACUAUGUAUCAGAUAAGAUUCUUUGAUCCCGACUCUGUGUGUGUGCGAGCACGCGUGUCUGUGUUUGUGUGUGCAUAGUUCUGUGGUUUUAGACAUGCUUUCUUGUAGUGCUUCUGCAAAAAACGAAAAAGGGACUUAUUUUGCAUUCUCAAUGGUUUUUUUAAGGGAAUUAGGCAGAACAGAUUUCUAGGUUGGGUAGGCCAACUGCAUUCUCUUUUGUUUGCAAAUUGGUCAAAAUUUGCAGAGUGAUUUCAGGAGAGAGCAGCUCUGAGGAAUGUGGAAAAUGAUAAUUACUGCCUGGACCAUUGAUUGAUUGUGACCAAUAGUAGAAGGCUGCCUGUUACAUAGAGAGGCUCCUUCUGUCCAAAUGAAUUCCUGUAUUCUACUCUAUAAAUAAAAGGGAGGAAUAUAUUCUGCUGGAAGCCCAUGAACCAUCAGUGAGGUUCUGAUACGACAUAAGAGUUGUUUUCAAGGAGUGAGUGUGGCUUAAUUACUGGACUCACUUAGCACAGGAAGGUGGAAAACGAAAUGCCAGGCCUCUGCUCUGCAAGAACAAAACUGCUAUUGCUGCAGUAUCUGAUACCAGACAUCCACAUAUCCACAAGAAGUGCCUCUUAGGUCUAUGAUGAGAGUAUUUCUCCAUUCCUCGCUUCCCAGAAAAGGGAGAGGGAUGGCUUAAAAAGCAUGUAGAUGGUGGAGAAAUGGGUGGGAGGAGAGGAACAGCCAUUAACAUUGUAUUAUGUUUAAUAAGCUUGAUUUCAGCAGCCAUAUGGAAGCCAAAUUAAAUUAAUACAGAACUCAUUUAUCAGAAAGAGUCUUUUUUUUGUUUGUCUGUCAGAAUCUCGCUCUGCCGCGCAGGUUAGAGUGCAAUGGCGCGAGCUUGGCUCACUGCAACUUCCGCCUCCCGGGCUCAAGCAGUUUUCCUCUCAGGUGGCUGAGAGGAGAACUCUUGUCUCAAGUGGCUGUGUCAUCCCUGCCUGUGAGCUGGAACUGCAGGAGGAGCUGGUACUACAGGCACCUGCCAUCACACCUGGCUAGUUUUUGUAUUUUAGUAGAGAUGGGGUUUCGCCAUGUUGGCCAGGCUGGUCUCAAACUCCUGACCUCAGGUGAUCCACCCACCUUGGCCUUCCAAAGUGCUGGGAUUGUAGGUGUGAGUCAUUGUGCCUGGCUGUAAGAAACAUUCUUAAUCUUAUGAACUCCCUUUUGUAGGAAGGAAGGGGCCCAUCUGUAGAGGCAGCCCUGUCCAGGUAAAGUAGUUUUCAGCCUCCUGUCUACUGUUAGGUUGAGGGAGUCACAGCCAGCCAGAGAGUAUCAUUGGAGGGUGAGAGAAAGAACUGUGGAUACCAGCUGCCACAUAGCAAGAGCCCAGCUCUUGGGAGCAUUGAGAUGUAAGCUCAGGGUUACACAGUUCCAAAUCUUGGGAAGGGGCUUUUCAGACACAUUGUUUGCUUUCUGCUGAGAUAAGGAAUGCAUCACUCUGCCAGAGUAUGACUUUUUACAGAUUAUUAAAUAAAGCUGUAUAUGUCUCAUUGUUACCUGA